CCAGGCAGGGCAGGACGAACUGGCUCUCCUACGAUGUGCCUGUGGUCCUAUCAGUCGUCAUCCCUCCAGCCACAGGGUUGUUCAGCUGCUAGAUGAGUUCAAGCUGGCCGGGGUCAAUGGAGUCCAUAUGUGUCUGGUACUUGAGCUGCUUGGGCCUGAUCUGAGAAAAUGGCGGCUAUACUUUGGGAAUCCAGGGCUGUCGCGGCCAUGGGUCAAACAAAUUCUUACUCAGGUUCUGCAAGGCCUGGACUACCUUCACACUCUGUGUAAAAUCAUCCACACAGACAUCAAACCAGAGAACAUCCUGCUGUGUCUAAAGGAGCCAUCCCACAAAGUACCAGCAGGGGGCGGCCAUUGGCCCUCUAAGCUGACUGGGAAGGAGGCCAAGUCCACAGAGAUGGAGCAGGUGACCCCAUGCCCUUUAAAGGAAAUUACAGUGAAGAUCGCUGACCUGGGCAGCAGCUGCUGGGUGUACAAACAUUUCUGCGAGGAGAUCCAGACCCGUCAGUAUCGCUCACUUGAGGUUUUACUAGGAUCUGAGUACGGCCCUCCUGCUGACAUCUGGAGUGUCGCCUGCAUGGCCUUUGAACUGGUCACUGGAGACUCCCUGUUUCACCCCAAAGGCAGCGAGGCUGUUUCCUUUGAGGAAGACCAUAUUGCCCAGAUCAUACAGCUGCUCGGUAAAAUCCCUUCUGCUAUUGCCUUCUCAGGAAAAUACUCUGCACAGUACUUCAACCGCAGAGGUGACCUGCGUCGUGUCGGCCUGCUGAGGUUCUGGAGCCUUUAUGAUGUUCUGGUGGAGAAAUAUCAUUUCCUGCUGGAGGAAGCAUUUGUAUUCUCAGAUUUCCUUCUUCAUAUGUUGGAUUAUUAUCCAGACAGGAGGUCCACCGCUGCACAGUGUCUGCACCACCCAUGGCUGAGCUCCUAAAAGCCUCUUAUAAUGCAUUUCCACUAUCGAAACCUAAUGUGCAGUAUACCCGGUACCUCACCCUGCAUUACCUCCCGAGUUGACGUGGACUAUCCUGUUUUGUUGUUACACUAUAUUUUCUUUUUUGGGGUGGCAUAGUGACACAGUGGUUAGCUCUGUCACCUCAUAGCAAGAAGGAUCCAGGUUCAAGCCCCAACCGACCCGAUGUCUUUCUAAGUGGAGUUUGCAUGUUCUCUCCGGGUACUCUGGUUUCUCCCACUGUC